AUGCCUGCACCACUCGCUAAAGGUAUUAUCUUGACAGUGUCCGUCCUCGUCGCUGCCGGCGUGGCCGUUUACCAGUCACCACAGUUUCAAGAAUGGAUGAAUACUUCUCGACGCAAGGUUGCAGUUGCUUUACACAAUCUAGGCGAUGAGAUACAGCCACGCAACUCAUCAUCUCCGACUCGAGAGGAUAUCUCUAUGAAUGAAGAUAUCGGGGAGGCAGCGGAAGAACGCAGACGUAUCGCACGAGCAGAGAUUGAGCGGCGGGCCGCUUUGUUAGAAACUCGCCGGAACUCAAGGAACUCCCAACAACCGCUAGACAGCUUCGAUUCUUUGGUAGACAAUGAUGGCAACCUCCGCUUGCACAAUAGAAUGAACCGGAAUCUCUCGGAUGACAAUAACAUGGCCAGCUCGACCGCAGUGGAUAUAGGGACUUCGCAGCAACUUUGGCGGGGUAGACUGACUGAUCUGGAUGGAAACCGACUGCAGGUGGAGAUCCACUCCGAUACUGCGUCACAUCAUCCAUCGGAAUCUAUUGUUCAGUACACGCCUACAUCUGAGAAUCCACAUGGAGGAAGUCUUUUUGAUCCAUUUUCUGAUUCUAGAGGCCACUCACCUGUGUCCGCUGCUUCAAUCUCAGCAUCAAGCCAUACUGAAGGCAACGAACCGGUCUAUUAUACUCACCCCCACUCAGCAUCUGACUCAAGCCAUCGACCAGAUACCUUUCACGACUUAAAUGAGUUGAUUAAUUGGGACCAAGAAGAACGUCAAGUUUCGUCCGCACCAUCCAUAGCAGGAAGCUCAAUCAAUGGGCAUCGAUUCAAUGAUGUGUCAUCUGAUGGAACACUGAGCGAUUUGGGUGCUGCCUCAGUGGGAGGCGUAUCGACGCCAGCUAGCUGGUCUGAGAUCGGCAGUGUAGUCAGUGAUAACGAUGCUGGUCAUCAACAGUUGCUUUGA